AUGGCGCUGCCGGAGGACGCGUGGAGGGUCGUCGCGGGGCACGUGGAGACGGAGCGAGAGCUGUGCGCGCUCGCGUGCACGUCCAGGGAGCUCAGGCGGGUGCUCGAAGACGAUGACGUUUGGCGUCGGGUCUUCGAGAGGCGAUUCGAGUUGCGAUUCGUGAACGAGCACGAGCGGCGACGUGGACGAGAAGCCACGGCGGACGAACCGGACGACGACGAUAGGGUGAGCGGCCUCGUAUCGUCGUCGCCGGUCGCGGGUUCGAUUCCGCGCGGAAUCGACUCGUCGCGAGGCGUCGCGUUCGCGCCGAGCGCGGACGAUCCCCACCCGGAUCACUGGUCGGUGAGAGUGUACCCGCGAUCCUCCGCGCCGUCCUCGCCGUUCGACUCGCACCUGCCCCUCGGUCCGACCCGCCUCCAACGCGAGCACGCGCGUCCAACGCGAGUGAGCGCGGGUCCGUGGGGCAUCCCGUGGCUCGACGUCCGGCGCAAGACCUAUCGCGAGUGGACCAAGGACGUCUUCUACUGCGUACAUCGCGAGCGCGUUCGAGGUUCGUUCAUGGCGAUGUGUCGCGCUCAGGAGAUGGUGUGGGCGAAGGAGUCGGAGAUUCGACGGACGAUGCGAUCGCUGGAGGCGCUCGUGCGAAAGGAGACCGACGUCAAGGCGAAGCCGACGAACGCGGUGCGUCGACGGAGCCAAAAGCUCAAGGACAUCGCUCACCAGGCGCUGUGCCUGGGAAACGUGCUCGAGAGGCUGGGAAGGGAGCGGGGCGAAUGGGAGCGCGAGAGGCUGACGCAGCUGUCCCGCGCGCCGUCGGAGGCGCUGCGGCGGUACAAGAAGGCGGCGUUGGGUGUCGGAUGGGAGUGUAGAAUCAGGCAGUCGCGAACAUCGGCAACAGAAUUUUCGACGCGCGCGCACCGGCCGACGCCCGCGCCGAAGAUGAGGGUCGCGUCGCCCGUCCUCGCGCUCGCGGCGUGCGCGGCGGUCCUCUCCCUGGCCCCGUGCGCGGUGCACGCGCGGGGCGGCGAUCCCAACGGCGACGCGUGGACCUGCCUGAGACCCCACGUCCCGGAGCCCCUAAUUUACGCGAGCGCAUCCUCCGCGGACGCGUUCGCGCCCCCUCCCGGCGGGGAGCCGCGGAGCGCGUGGGAGGGCGAGGUGUGGCAGGCCGAGCGCGCGUACGCGGCGGAGGCUGCGUCCGCCGGAGCUGGCGCCGGCGCGUGGCAUCAGGGCCCGUCGUAUCCCCGCUUAUCCUACGCCAGGGAGCUGGCGUUGCCACCGCCCACGCAGCUCAUCGUCGUGGGCGCGGAGACGUGGGAUCCGGCGGGGACGUACCUUCCCGGACGUAACGCCCCGAACCAGCCGUUUCCCAUGCUCCCGCUUCAGGGCGAAAACCCCAAGGCGUUCGCCAAGGCGUACGCGCACUACCACGGCCACUCCGCCAACGCCACGCUCGUGGACGCGUACGCCACAUCCGUAGAACGGCAGCAGGCGCUGGUACGCGGCUUGUCCCCUGCGGAGAAGGCGCAGCUGUACAUCAGGGUGGCGCGCAUCCUCGAGAAGGUGGACGCCAGAGACGACAUCUACGCGUACGGCAGCGGGAUCACGGUGCUGAGGGAAGAAGCCCGGGCGGAUCCGAAGUGUUUGAGGUACUCGCUCGCGCUGCUCCAUCGCGCGAUGGCUCUAAUCGCGCAUCUGCCGGGGCACGAAGCCGCCGGCGUUCGCAGAGGGGUCUGGACCGACUUUCACCACGGACUCGCGUCCAUGCGCGCGUACGACGACGAGAACUUAAUAAUGCGCCGGCUCUUUCUGGAGUCCCCCGCGGGGGUGCCGAUGCAGGGCACGUCCCCGCCCACGCUGCCGCACGCGCUGGCGUCGUCGCGAGAAUCCGGGAUGCGCAUCGCGGCCAACUCGGUGUACUACGUGGGCGCCGGCACCGGCGAAACGUUGCUCCAAAAGAUGCUCAGCAACGACACCGUCGCCAACGCCUUGGUCGCGCCGGCGGUGCCACUGAUCCUGGACCCCGCGGAGGUGAGCAGCGGGACGGCGAAUUACGACUUUAACUUCCCGAGGACCACCCGCGCGAGGCUCAGGCACGACCGCGAGCAACUCGCGUACCUCGUCUCGGAACGCGCUCCGGAAAGUGUCCGACUCGCCAAAGAGGUCGGUCAACCCGCGAUAGAAGCGUACGACGAGGUCAUCGCGGAGCUCGGUGGCGUCGAGAACACCGACGAUAACCUUCUGGAAGAGGAGAAGUCGUUCGCGGAGCGUCGAAGGGCGACGGAGCUCGCCGACGCGGAUUGGCUCAGGGACGCGGACAAGUACAUGUCCGAGAUCGUCUCCCUCAGCGUCAAGCAGCAGACGAGGCUGGCGCCCUUCUACAACAGGCACCUGGCGCGGCGGGACGAGCCGAGGGUGCCGGGCGGGGCGCUGGAUUGGGCGAACAUGAGGGUAAAGACGCUCUCGUCCACCCCGUUGGUGCUGGUGGUGGACGACGUGUUUCGCGAAGACGCGUUGGGCGGACUCCUGCGUUUCACUCGCGGCACCUCGAUGUGGACGCACGUCAAGAAGAACGGGUACCUGUGCGCGUACCCCAGCGGCGGUUUCGCCACGCCCCUGCUCGGCCAACUCGCCGAGGAGCUGCCCCUCAUCGCGCCCGACCUGUCCUGCGGGUACCAGCUCGUCACCAGCUGGGGGUACCUCUACGACGACGUGCGCUCGUUGGGCAUCGGCGUGCACGCCGACAUCGCGAGGGUCAACAUCAACUGCUGGAUCACCCCGGACGACUCGAACCUGGACAAGGAAGGGGGCGGGAUGGUCAUCGUCCCCGCCCGACCCCCCGCGGACUGGCACGCGUCCUUCCUCGAGUACAACGCUCCCAACACGAGCGACCCGACGUUUUGGGCCGACCUCAACGCGCAAUCCGGGGGGGUAAACAUAACCGUCCCGCACAGGCAAAACAGGUGCGUGAUCUUCGACAGCGAGCUCUACCACUGGACGGACAGGGUGAACUUUCGACGCGGAUACGAACACAGGCGGAUCAACCUGACGUUCCUGUACGGACACCCCGGGGAUAAGACGUGCGCCAUGCGCGGCGGAGGGUCAUCCGCGCGGACGGCGGCGAGGGCGGCGAGAACGAGCGCUGGCGAGACUCGACCAAAGAAGGAUCCGCCGGAAGUCUCCGGAGCCGCUAAGAAGUAUCCGUACGACAGCAGGAUACCGGGGAGUCGGGGCGCGACGGAGCCGACGGUGCCCGCGGAGUUUGUCGUCGGGGACAGGCCGCGGCAGGAGCUGUGA